UGCGGCGACGUCAGGCGCUGGCAGUGCACAAUAAAAGUAUUCACACAGCAAUGCGCUCUGCGGCAGGGGAGAGAGGGAGCCCAGCUCGCACCACUGCCAGAGCCCAGGCUGAGACGCACUGAGAAGGUAAGAGGAAAAACAGAUAUCUGGAGCUCAGGCGAGGAAAAGUCCAAUCAGGUCCAGAGCUCCGUUCAGCGAAGGAUGAUGAAGACUCUGCUGGUGCCCGUCUGUGUGCUGCUGGCGUGCGGGGGCGUGUCAGGAGGGGGCUAUGCCCCCCUGCCCCAGGUCAAGUACGUACAGCCUAUGAUGAAGGGGCCAGUGGGACCUCCUUUCAGGGAAGGCAAAGGUCAAUACCUGGAUUUACCACCUGUGCUGCCCAUGGAGCUGAAGGGGGAGCCGGGCCCACAAGGCAAACCGGGCCCCAGAGGUCCACCGGGGCCACCGGGAUUGCCCGGGAAACCAGGAGUGGGAAAACCGGGGCUCAAUGGCCAGGCCGGGCCCCAGGGACCCCCAGGAUUCUCCGGGAUUGGCAAGCCGGGGCUGCCGGGGCUGCCUGGGAAAGUGGGGCAGAAGGGGCAGCCGGGGCCGAUGGGGGAGCCGGGCCAGCGCGGCGAGCCGGGGCUCCGGGGGCUGCCAGGGCAGCCGGGCCUGCCGGGGCCCGCGGGCCUGUCCUUGAACGGCAAGCCCGGGCUGCCCGGCGGGAGGGGGCCGCCGGGGGCCAGGGGGGAGCCGGGGCAGAAGGGCGGGCAGGGGGCUCCAGGGGAACGUGGCAUCAAGGGGGAGAACGGCAACGGCCAGCCAGGCCCUCCGGGGCCCAGGGGCCCCAGCGGCAUCACCGGACCUCCCGGGCCGCCUGGCCUGCAGGGGAUAGGGAAACCAGGGCUGAACGGGCUGCCGGGGCCAGUGGGGCCCAAAGGAGACCAGGGGGCCCCAGGGGAACCUGGGCUAACCGGGGAAAUGGGGCCGCCAGGUCUGCAGGGCCAGCCGGGAUUAAAUGGAGUGGGCAAGCCAGGCUUAGCCGGCUUGCCUGGAGUGCCUGGAACGAGCGGACCCAAGGGGGAGCCAGGUCCAAGGGGUGCUCCCGGAUUCCCGGGGGCUCCGGGGUUCGGCAAGCCGGGGCUUGUCGGCCAGAAAGGUGACCAGGGCCCUCCGGGACAACCGGGGAUGCCAGGGGACAAGGGCCUCCCUGGGUUGGACGGCCAGCCGGGGGUCACGGGCCAGCAGGGACUGCCUGGGCCUCCGGGAAUUCAGGGCCCCAGUGGGCUCCCAGGGAAACAUGGCAUACCUGGCUUUAAAGGCGAAGUGGGUCCUAUAGGGCCUCCCGGACUGCCAGGAAUCAGGGGAGAUCAAGGCCCUAGUGGAUUGGAUGGGAAGCCUGGCAUCCCAGGGGAAAGAGGUUUGCCUGGACCUCACGGUCCGCUGGGCAAACCAGGUCCUAAAGGUGAGUCUGGGCACAUAGGAUUGCCAGGGGCUCCAGGGCUGAAAGGAGUGCCAGGGACAAAAGGGGAGCCAGGGCUGACUGGGGCCCCCGGGUCCAGGGGCCUUUCAGGGAUCCCUGGGCUCCAGGGGCCAUCAGGGCCCAUGGGUCCCCAGGGUAUUCCGGGCCUGAAGGGGGAGCCGGGCUUGCCCGGGCUCCCGGGUGAGGGGCGGCUGGGUGAUAAGGGAGCCCCAGGGCCUCAGGGGCCCCCUGGAAAGCCCGGCCCUGCUGGUGUUAACGGGAUCCCGGGGCCCCCAGGGCCACCCGGGCCUCCUGGUCCCCCAGGAGCCUUCAUCAAUGGGCCAGGCACGGGGGUGAUGGGGCUGGAGGAGAACGGGGUCGGGGGGGAGACUGUGCCGGGAGGCGGGAAGCCGGGGAAACCCCAGUUCGGGCGCGGUGAGCUGUCAGCCAGCAUGGCUCCCGCGUUCACCGCCAUCUUGAGCACCCCCUUCCCGCCCUCUGGGAUCCCCAUCAAGUUCGACAAGACCCUGUACAACGGGCAGAACGCCUACAACCCCGCCACCGGCAUCUUCACCAGCCCCUUGGCCGGAGUCUACUACUUCUCCUACCACGUCCACGUGAAGGGAACCAGCCUGUGGGUGGCGCUGUACAAGAACAAUGUGCCAGCCACGUACACCUACGAUGAGUACAAGAAGGGCUACAUGGACCAGGCCUCCGGCAGCGCCGUGCUGGAGCUCAAGGAGAACGACCAGGUGUGGGUGCAGAUGCCUUCAGACCAGGCCAAUGGGCUAUACUCCACCGAGUACAUCCACUCAUCCUUCUCAGGGUUCCUGCUCUGUCCAACAUAACGGCUCAAAACAGCGCCAGCACCUCGAAACAUCAGCCAUACUUAUGGAUAUCGAAGAACAACAACGACGGCAAACAAACACAAAAUGACUGCGUGAGCAAAAGAGCCGGGAGCUAGGAAGGCACUCUCGCUCGGAGGCAGCCUGUCUCACCCUUUCCAGUUCUGUUUUUUUGGGGUUUAUUUUUGUAUUUUAAUGUUGUGUUCGUUUUUACUGUUAGCCUAUAUUAUUUUAUUAUUAAUAUUUUUUAUUACUGUUGUUGCGGUCGUUUUAUGGAAAUCAGACUAUCAAGGGCUUUGCUCCGCCGUCGGUCGGCGAUCAUCAUUAGAAACCUACCCUUGUGCCUGCUCGGCCCCCGCCCCUGGCCCAGAAACCUACCCUUGUGCCUGCUCGGCCCCCGCCCCUGGUCCAGAAACCUACCCUUGUGCCUGCUCGGC